AGAUGUCAAAAUCAUCGGAAACUCCAUCAACAAAGGAAGUCACGGAUGACGAGGAUGAUGACUCUCACGAUGAAACAGAUGAAGAGGGCGAUGUUUACGAUAAUGCAGACGACAUCAUCACGUUAAACGUUGGUGGUGUACGACACGAGACGAGAAUUCAAACUUUAAGGAAGUAUACACGAAAGACAACAAGACUCUCAGAAGUUGCAGACAUCGCCGAGAAAACAGGUAAAAGGGAAUUUUACUUUGACCGUCAACCGGAUUUUUUCCCUUUCAUUCUGAAUUUUUACCGUGUGGGAAAACUUCACUUACCACUUAAUAUAUGUGGUAUGAUUCUGAAGGACGAACUUAAGUAUUGGAUGAUAGAUGACAAAGACAUAGAACAGUGUUGUUGGGUACAUUAUAUAAAGUAUGAGGAAACGCACGCAAUGUUAGAAAUGUUCGAUCUUGACGAGAAACACAAUCGGCUGGCCACAAAGCGAAUUAAGGCAGAUGCCUCUCGGUUCGAAAGAAUUCGUCCGAAACUUUGGAGAUUUCUCCAGGAUCCUUAUUCAUCGAGAGGGGCCACGGUAUAUGCUGUUGUCUCGCUUCUGAUCGUCAUACUUUCUAUCACUGUCCUUAUGGUGGAGACGCUUCCGUAUUUCGGCUCAAUUUACGCACAUUCCAAAGCCGACAGAAGGAAUUUUACAAGUGAAGAACUGAAAGACGAAAUCAACAUUUUCAAAAAUACAACACCAUUGUCCGUUUUACUUAUUGUUGACAACAUUUGCAACAUUUUCUUCCUAUCUGAGUUGGUCAUCAAGUUCAUAGCCGCUCCAUACAAAAGACGCUUUUUAAUCACACCAUUUACUUUGAUUGAAUUUGUUUGUUUGAUACCAUACUACGUUGCUGUGACCCUAGUUUUUGCACACCCCAAUCCGAUCGAAAUUUUCGACAUAGUUCGUCUGCUGAUAGCUUUACGUGUUUUGCGAAUAUUUCGAAUUUUCAUUCUGAUGAAGCACUUUAUGGCACUAAAGGUGCUGAUGUACACAAUGAAAGCCAGUACCAACGAAUUAUUUCUCCUGCUGCUUGUCGUUAUUAUUGGAGUUGUAAUCUUUGCUUGUUUGGUAUAUUACAUGGAAAUUUUCUCUGAUGAAGUAUCCGAUUUUAAACACAUUCCGCUCGCAUUUUGGUGGGCUCUCAUCACCAUGACAACAGUCGGAUAUGGUGACAUGACUCCAAGUACGGGAUUAGGGUAUACUGUUGGAUCUAUGUGUGCCAUCAGCGGAGUAUUGGUAAUUGCUCUAUCAGUUCCUGCAAUUGUUCAGAACUUUACGUUGUACUAUACACAUGCACAGUCUCGUUCUAAAUUAAAACAGCGGAAGCGGAAGUAUAGACUAGCCAAAUGGACAAAAAUUACGGAAUUGUUAAAAGAUAAAAUGGGAACUUCCGAAAAACCAUCUUUACUAAAUAUCGUAAAGCUUGCACAAAACAGCAAACUUAGACGAAAAUCAGCUUUCAUUCCUUCAACUUCAAAUGGCCAUAUACAUUCAUCUAGGGAUAAAAGAGCACAUAGUGUUGCCGAGUCUCUUUCUAAGAAAGAUUUUUCUAAAGUAUUGCAAAGGGCUAAUGAUAAUUUACUCAACGGGAACGACUCGGUAAAGAAAGAACCCGAAACUGAAGUAAAAAAGACCCGGUUUGAGUUGCCAGAGCUUAAGAUCAAAAGUAACAAAGUAGCGAGUGUAACCGAGGAACAACAAGACUCGAAGAAUGAGAAACUUGAUAUCAAAGGAAGACACAAAAGUAGUACUUCUAGCCCCACCAGUGAAGGUGGUCUUACUUCACCUAAAAGUGUCAGGUGGAGACUUCCAGGAGAGCAAAUAAAACCAUCUGAGAAGGUUCAAAGUAAUAGUUGGACAGAUGAAAUCGAUUCAGCAACAAAUGAAGUUCCACCCUCAAGCAUUCCUUCUCCUCUUCCCACAGUGCAAGAAGGUAAUGAAGCAGAUAUUUCAAAUUCGGAGAAUGAAGUUGAUGGUCGGAAUGGUUCAUGUUCUAAAUCUGAACCGGUUAAAAGAAAGAAAAGAAAAUGUAAAAAUUCUGGUUCAGAAUCUGAUAGUUCUUCACUCACGGACAAAGAUGAAAAAGGAAAGUACCCUAACUCAGACAGCUCUUCGGAAAAGGAGAAAAGGAAACACAGAAACUCUGAUUCAGAAUACGAAAAUGCAUCGGAGAUAGACGAUGAAAUAUUAGACGAUGCUUAUGAGGAAAUGAAAUAUGCUCAGAGAAACAGCGUACAAUCCUUAAGUGUAGACUCGUGUACUGAAAUUCAUAACAUGGCAAAGAAACGUUCAAAUUCCAUUACCUAA